AUGAAAAACAGAAUUUUUGAUGCGGCUUCAAAAUUCAAAACUGAUUGUGAUCUAAACAGAGGUGAAUGGGAUGAAUAUGUGAGGGAAGACAAAAAGCUGUGUGCACUUAAAUGGAAAGAUAACAAGGCUGUCAUUUUGGUAUCGUCUUUUGUUGGGAGUGAGCCGCAAGUUACUUGUAAGCGAUGGUCAAAGGCGCAGAACAGAAGUAUUGAUGUACCACAACCAACUAUUGUGAAGAGUUACAAUUUUAACAUGGGUGGUAUUGACCUAUGUGAUAGAUUCAUGGCCUACUACAGGUCAAAUACCAGAACAAGAAAAUGGACAAUCAGACUAUUUAACCAUUUUAUUGAUUUAGCUAUUAUUAAUUGCUGGAUUAUGUACAAAAGAACCUGUGCAAAAGAAUUAGUACCAAAGUGUAACAGACUGUCCCUAAUAAACUUCAGACUGAAUGUGGCCAAUGUAUUGAUAAAGGUUCUCAUGUCAGAGGGUCGUCACAACUCUCCAAAGAAAUAA